UUGAUAGCAAAGCAAUAACUAGCUUACGUUCGCUACCAGUGGCGUGUCCAGAACAUUUUCAAUGGGGUGGCCAAAGUUGGGCAUAGACCCAGUUUAGGAGGGGAGGGCAUACCAUUUUAAUGCAAGGUGGAUUUUUUUCAAUGUAAUUAUGAUGGUUCGACAACGCAUUACAGGUAUAAUAAGAUACCCAUAUACUCGCGCUAAUGCAAGCUAGCAUUGGCUCGCGAAACUACCUCUUUAACUUCCUUCAUACUGGACACAUACAAAUGGUAUCCAGGCGUUCACCUGACUCUGGGGAAGUGGAUAAAGCUAUAUCCGAAAAACUGGCAUUUGGAAAGUUUGAGGUGGACACAAAUCGCAUCGUCCACAUUCAUUCUGUUAUUAUUCUCCGACGCUCGGACAAGAGGAAGGAUCGUGUGGAAAUUUCGCCUGAGCAGCUGUCUUCAGCGGCAACCGAAGCGGAGAGGUUGGCUGAAAUGACUGGACGGCCGAUGCGUGUAGUUGGUUGGUACCACUCUCACCCCCACAUCACUGUGUGGCCAUCACAUGUGGAUGUGAGGACACAGGCCAUGUAUCAAAUGAUGGACCAGGGCUUUGUUGGGCUGAUAUUCUCCUGCUUCAUUGAGGAUAAGAACACAAAAACUGGUCGAGUUCUCUACACCUGCUUCCAGUCUGUCCAAGCCCAGAAAGGCUCUGAGUACGAGAGAAUCGAGAUCCCAAUUCAUGUGAUUCCACACGAGGCCAUUGGGAAAGUGUGCCUUGAAUCAGCAGUGGAGCUUCCCAGAAUCCUCUGCCAGGAAGAGCAGGACACCUACAGAAAGAUUCACAGGUGUGGCGAGCUGUGGCCUGAUCAAUAUGGGUGUGACCAUUUGAAAUCGCAAAACUUGUGCAGCACACCAUACACAAUCGCCCUCUGGGCCACCAUAAUCACACCGUUUUUCAACUGGUCAUUCAGUACAGUACCAUUUCCGUUGAAUUAACCAUUCAAUACCAUUCUGCCGUACUGAAUGCACCCCAGGGAUCUGACGUUUUGUUCGAAAGCCUGUGGAAGUUUUCCUCAGGGAGACGGUAAAAAGAGGGGGAGUCUAGAUGGAAACUAGUGAUGCAUUGGCACUUUUCAAACCAGUGUGAUAUUUCGCGUGGGUGGAGCUCUGAACGAAGGUUGUAUUUCUGAACAUUUGUCUGACUUGCAACAAGUUAGCUAGCGUUAGAUGCAACACUAAUGUCGCAUAGGCUACUAAAACUUUGUCCAACACAGUAGUAAAAGAGAGACAAAACAAGGAAAAGCCUCUCCUGGGGGAAAAUGUAAUUCUACUCAGUCAUUUAAAUGGGAGCGUUAACAGCCAGCGCUCCCAUUCAAAUGCAAAAUCCGGUAAUAAAAUUCUCCAGACUGCCAAUAGUCAAGCGAACGAGAUGAGAUUUGGAUGGAUGGCCCCGCAAGACUAACUGGUAAGUACCUCUGAUUUGGAGUGUGUUGAGCCCCCCCUGCAAUUGCCUUUGCCAUGCAGAAGAUAUUUCCCCUUUGUCUACCAUAAUAUACAAAAUUGUCUUGCAGCAAAGACUGGUUUCAGAAGAAAAUACUAUGAACUCAAGGCAGCUCAUUGUAUAUUGCUCAUUGUUAAUAGAAUCAUUUCAGGAUUUCAUUUCU